UGAAGGAGGUAUUCCUGUGCUUUAGCAGUCGCUGGACCUCCUGAGUCAUCCAGGGCUUCUGGUUUGGGAAGACCCGGAUGCGUUUAUCCACAGCUACAGUGUCAAUACAGUUCUUGAUGUAGCACAGUACACUGUCUGUAAAAACCUCCAGGUCCUGAUGUUCAAAAACAUCCCAGUUUGUCCUGUCGAAACAGUCCUGCAGCUGCUGUGUCGCAUCCUUGGGCCAGGAUUUGAUGGUUUUGGUGAUGGUUGGAGCAGUUUUCCUGAGGGGGGCAUAAGCAGGAAUUAAAUGCAGGGACAGGUGAUCGGACUGACCCAGGUGAGGAAGUGCCCUAGCCCUGUAGCCUAGCUUGAUGUUGGAGUAGACUUUGUCCAGAGUGUUAGCCUCUCUUGUAGCACACUUUACAUGCUGGUGGAAUUUGGGGAGCGCUGUCUUCAGGUCUGCAUGGUUGAAGUCCCCCGCUAUGAUGUGCACAGCAUCUGGAUAGAUGCUCUGCAGAUGGCUAAUGCUGCCAUGCAAAAGUCCAAUAGCUGUUUUAGCAUUAGCAUCUGGUGGUAUGUAAACAGCGGUUACCAUGACUACGGUGAACUCUCUGGGGAGGUAUAUUGGUCUACAUCUAACAGUCACAUACUCCAGGUCUGGGGAGCAAUGGCUGAUGACAGUCGCUGUGUUAGUACACCAGGUGUUGUUCAUGUACAUACAGAGCCCUCCUCCUCUGCUCUUACCAGAGUCUUUCGUUCUGUCGUCUCACUGUACUGUGUAGCCUGCUAGCUCGAUGGCAGAGUCCGCUACGUCUGGAUGCAGCCAGGUCUCCGUGAUCAGAAGAAUACAGCUGUCCUUCACUGCGCUGUGAAAUGCAGCCUGUAGUCUCAGUUCAUCCAUCUUGUUUGCAAGGGAUCUGGCAUUUGAGAGAAACAGGCUGGGGAGCGGUGGUUUGUGUGGUUGCCUCCGUAGCCUAGCUAGCACGCCGGCCCUGCAGCCCCGCUUCUGCCUUCUCUCUCUACGCCGCCGCCGCUUCCUCCCUGCUGUGAUGGUAAUCCACUGCGCGCCGGGGCUCCUCGCUAUGUCCCCCGGAAUGUUGAACAAGCGUUGAAAAUCAGCUGUAACAUCUAGUUCGUAGCGGGCACCGAUCGUCAGGAGAUCGUCCCGACUGUAUAUUUUGUUUGUCCGACAUGACGAGUACGGAACACAAAUCAACACGUACACAAGCAGCCAAACAUUGCACCGACCGAGAGAGCAAUGAGCCGCUGCAACUGCGUGCGCCGCCAUCUUGGGAAAAAAAGAUCUGACUGACUUGAUGACAUGACAAAAUGUGCUUAAUAUUCAUACAUUUUGAGGAAAGUACACAGUGUAUUUGGAGAACAAUACCUUCAAGGUUGCUGAAAUAAAAUAAUUUUGUUAUUCCCCACCCCCCCCCCACCAUUAAUAAAAAAAGACUUUUGGGCUGACCAUUCUAACUGUAGAGAGCUAGUCAUGUAAGAAUCCUUUUUUACGGAAUUUUGGACAUUUUCUUACGUUUACAGGUUUUGUUAAGUGAUGAAAGCCUUUACCAGACAAAUGUACAUAAAUAUCCAACCCUUAGGAUUGCAUGGUGUUGGAUUGAGAAAUGUAGGGUGAAAAAUCUGUGAGGUAGAGCAGAACAGCGGACUCGCUGUUCUGCAGACUCUGCUGAAAUGUUAUUAGUUGCAAUGAAUUCAAAGGUAAAUUUUCCCAGGAACCAUAUAGUUUUUGAUAAAAAUGACAAGUAACAUAACAUUUUAAGGUAAUAACAUAAGUGAACAAGCAUUAAUUGUGAAGAACAAAAUCAAUUUCUGUUCUUCUCAUUUGGUUAUUCUGAUAUGGAGUGAGGGUGCCAAACAGGAAAAAUGUCAAAUCCUGUUUACAUCUACGAACAUUCUUAAAGUCCCUUUGCAUGCUAACAGUCUGUCAGUGUAGAGAUGACCUGUCUGGGUCGUCUGAGCUUCCCGUCGCUGUGUGCGUCCCUGUAGUGAGCUCCAACCAGAGCCAUGGGGAAUACCCAGACUGCCGCAGCGAGAAGGAGUCCGGAGGGGAGGCAUCUCUCCUGGUGUCUCCGCUGGUGGUGGCUGGGAUUGUUAUAGGACUGGUCCUCUUCCUCUCCUGCAUCACCAUCAUCAUCGGCAGCCUGCGGAAAGACAGUCGACUCAGAAACCCACACUUUGGCGCCAGCUAUGGACAAGAUGGAUUUUCCUUUGGGGGUUCAGCAGGGGAACUGAGGUCUAGCUGCAUAGAGGACUUUCCUCCUGCCUUAGACUUUGACUCCUUCAGAGAGAGUCUUCCACAGAUUACCAGCCUGUAUCCUGACUCUCCACCACGCUACGAUGAGUGUGUGGGACCAGAUUUGACUCAGAUCUACAUACCGACUGAUGACCCGCCCCCAUACUCCCUGCUGGACCCGUGCUGGUGCCCGGCAGGCCCAGAGGAGCAGCCUCCACACUCGGGUCCACCAGAUGCUUCACAGUACUGUGGAGAGACGUCCGCCAGCACUGCCUGGUCCUCAUCGUCCUCCUCCGCUUCCUCCCACUGUUCCCUGGGACUACAUGAGCAGGAGCAGCAACACAUUACAUGUAUUUCCUUCCCAAUGGAGGCAGCGCCUCCUUAUGAUGCGGUGCUGGGAGAGCAGGGACAGCCCCUACCUCUCAUGCCAUGUAACCUUAACAAACACUCAGACAGGGACUAUGAUGCAAACUCCCAGCAACUCCCAGCCAACCACAUCUCCUAAGACCAUUAAUUUGGUUUACUCAGCUGAGCUCUCAGCUGUCUCCUGGUUAUUUAAGCUAACACUUAGUAAGCAGCUGGGCACCAAGCAGUAGAAAGCAACAAUGUCUGAAUAUCUUCCAUACAGUUGCUAAGACACUAUAGCCAUUUUAAAGCAAGAGGAAAUCUUUUUGUAAUAAACAGGUGGUUCAUCCGAAAUGAUGCUUCGCUGAACAACAACCUGUUAAGGUACACAGCUCUGUUUUUUCUUUAUAUUUUUAAGGUUAUUAUUGUUAUUAUAGAUGGUUAUUAUAGAUGGUGUUUGUCUACCAUCUAGUUGAGAUGGUCUCAGAUUUCUUUAAAUUUGCUCUAAUAUUAUGUAUUAUGUUCAAAACCAACACAGGAGUCUAGACAUUAGAGCAGAGUGCUGUUCACCAAUGGCAGUUCUGUCAUGAUGGAGUCCUGGAUGAGCCCCCUUUCUCUGCUCAUCCCUCAUACAAUCACAUUCACUAACAAAGUAAAUAUUUACCCAUAUAUUAGUUAUGGGGUGUCAUUUAUUAAAAUACACAGUCAAAAAUUAACAGCAAUAACUAAAUAUAAGCUAAAUAUUCCAAUCCAUUCCAGCUUUAAUUAUAAAGCACUAUAAAAACAACACAGAUGACCAAAGUGUUGUACACUAUUAUUUUAAUUGAGAAUUAAAUAUUUAGCUUAAGAGAAUACACAUUUAGCUCCUAAUUAAAUAUUUAGUAAACUAGCUAAAUAUUUAAGUCCACACUAAGUAUUUGGCUUGCUAACUUGCUAAGUAAAUAUUUAGAUUCUUAACUAAAUAUUGAGUUUGUAGCUAAAUAUUUAGUUUGUAAUUUUGAAGCUAAAUAUUUAGUUACAAACUAAAUAUUUUAGUUUGCAACUAAAGAUUUAGCUUCAAAAUGGCUGACCUGGUCAGUGAGCCAUACCAACCAUAUUAAAACCUGCUAACUUCCUGCGUGGCUUUGUAGUAAAAUAGGCUGAACUAACCAGUAGUCUACCUGGACAUGAGGGGAGAACUAAUAAAUCGCCAUUCUUUCUGUGGAGGUUAUUAAAGCUUUCAGCACAGCAGAAUGAUGAUGGUCUGAAAUUAUUUUUAAUGCUAAUUAAUUCCAGCCUGAAAGUGUGGAGAGACUCAGCUCCAUCUGUUUUGUCAUAAUUCUUCCGAUAAAGGGCUCUGGUUUUAAUAUCGUGCUAGAACUGGAGCCAAGCAACAACAUGUAGCUUGGAGCCUUCCCUCCCUGAGGCUGGACUGAUGCAACAAGACUUUAACACACUAACCUGUAGACUCACUGCUCACUGCUGCUCCACAAAUAGAGUUCUGCUCCAUGAAGGAAACAGCUGUGAAGCACAACUGAAAUUACGGGUUGGAGUUUUAUAAUCAAUCAAUCAGUUUAUUUGUAAAGCACAUUUCGGCAGCAAGAAACAAAAUUACAAAGUUCUAAAGAAAACUGUCAACAACUGAACAGACAUUAUGUUUUCACCAAAAUCAUACACAUAAAAUAUGUUGGUCAAUAUUUAAUUCAUUACAAUUCAAAAACAACUCAUUCAGGUGGGUUUUUAGUCUUAUACAAAUCUGAAAAGUGUGGUGUGCUUAUGUAUUUAGCCUUAAGACAUAAGCUAUUAAUUUGUUAAAUUGAAUAGCUUAGAGCAGUGGUUCUCAAACUUUUUUCAGUGAUGUACCCCCUUAAAAAUAUAUUUUUAGUCAAGUACCCCCUGACACGGGCAAAACAUUUUUGGAAUAAAAAAGAGGUACAGUGCUGUAAAAUCACUGUCUGAUUUAUUAAAGCCAAACAACUUAUAUCAGUGAACCUGACAAAUACAUCCAUAUUGCAAACAUUGCAUGGUUAAACAAAAAAGAAAAACAGAAGACGGUGACCACCAGGAAGGUAUAAAACCAGUCAAAACUGAAAUAUGCAAAACACUGGUAAUUUAUAUUGGUCUUUGUAAUGGUACAAAAUUAAAUAUAUACAUAAAUAAUAAUUCAGUGCAUAAACACACAUUUAUAUUUUAUCGAACUUUUUACAAAAUAAUUUUUCUCAAGACUUAUUAUGAGGAGCCUACUGAUUUUUUAAAGAUAUUUUGAAAAGUUUCACGUACCCCCUGCAGUACCUCCGCGUACCCCCAGGGGUACGCGUACCCCCAUUUGAGAACCACUAGCUUAGAGUAUAUAUUCAUGUGCUAAAAGGGCCUAGUUAAAGUUCAAAUCAAGGUCCAAUUGAGAAUCUAUUGAACAGAAUCUAUUGAUAGUUGAUGUUCAGAGUUAGCCUCAUCUGGUCUGACUUAGCCUGAGUUACUUUUCAUAGAAAUAUAGUAAAACAUGAGCAAAGCUGAUAGUCAUAUACCCAACAAAGCUAGCUUCGAGAAGCUAUGGACUGCUAGCACUCAAUUCAAUACAGAAAAAUUGAGAAACAAGUGUGCUCUACCUUCACAAUCAUCACAUGAAAUACUAAAUCUAACUCUUUGAUGUAUGAGUUUAUAAUCUGUAAAAGUGUGGAAAAAUCAUCAAAGGCUCCAAAUAUGAAACACAUUUCAAUAGUAAUUCUUCAUUUCUGAUCAGAACAAGAUUAAAAAGAAAAUAGUGGUUAAACUCACCUCUGGAUCAUUCUGCCAAUCAGCCAAAUUAAAAAUUACUUUUUAAUACACCAGAAAUGCUUUUGCUAUAAAUAAAAAAAAAAGUUAAACUUGAGUUAUAAAAAUAAUUAGCACUUGGAUCAGAAUUCAGGUUAAAAAAAGAGCAAGAAACAAUUAGUACAUUUUAUCCUUCUAUUUUAUUUUUUUUUUUUUACAGUUUUUUAGCAUUUUGUAGGGUGUAGCCAGUGAGGAUCAAAACCACAGCCCAGACUCAGUGUGCAGCAGAAAGGAAAUAUAAGGUUGUCACUAUCCAAUACUUUAAAUAGAAUCUGAUGAAGAAAAAUAAAAAGAGUUGACAAAGGUAAAAGAGGAAUAUUCUAAUAAAUAUGCUCAGUUUCAAAAGAAUUUUAACAUUUCUUUUAUUCUGUGGCAAGUACAAGAAGUUUUCUUGUUGCACUCUAAAAAUUUGGGACUUUAAAUAUUUUGAUUCUCAGCCAUUUGUCAGAUUAAAUCCAUUUUUAUUGUUAAAAUAUUCCUUUGUACAUGUACAAAAAGAAAGAGACAGUGUUUGUGUGUAGCAGAGUGUGGAGUAAAAAACUAAUUUUCCUGGAGACACUGACCUGUAGACUCAUUUCAUCACUUAUUGAAGCAGGACGGCGCUUUCUUAACUUUAUAAAUGUUUGUAACUUUUAAAAUAGUUUUCUUUGUGUGUUUAGCCUUCAUGUUU